AUGGAGCCCCGUCAGUCUGGAAAGCAAGGCUACUUCUACCCACAGGACUACCACCACCCCGAAGACUACUAUCGCCCCAAAGACUACUAUCACCCCCAAGAUGUCUACCGCCCCGAAGACUACUACCGCCCCCAAGACUACUACCACCCCCAAGACUACUAUUACCCCGAAGACUACUACCACCCCCAAGACUACUACCGCCCCAAAGACUACUACCACCUCGAAGACUACUACCACCCCGAAGACUCCUACCGCCCCCAAGACUACUACCGCCCCCAAGACUACUACCACCCCCAAGACUACUACCGCCCCAAAGACUACUACCACUACUACCACCCCGAAGACUACUACCACCCCCAAGACUACUACCGCCCCCAAGACUACUACCACCCCCAAGACUACUACCACCCCCAAGACUACUACCGCCCCCAAGACUACUACCACCCCCAAGACUACUACCACCCCCAAGACUACUACCACCCCCAAGACUACUACCGCCCCCAAGACUACUACCACCCCCAAGACUACUACCGCCCCCAAGACUACUACCACCCCCAAGACUACUACCGCCCCCAAAUACAUCUACCACCCCCAAGACUACUACCACCCAAAUACAUCUACCACCCCAAGACUACUACCACCCAAAUACAUCUACCACCCCCAAGACUACUACCGCCCCCAAGACUACUACCGCCCACAAGACUACUACCGCCCACAAGACUACUACCACCCCCAAGACUACUACUGCCCACAAGACUACUACUGCCCACAAGACUACUACCACCCAAAUACAUCUACCACCCCCAAGACUACUACCACCCAAAUACAUCUACCACCCCCAAGACUACUACCGCCCCCAAGACUACUACCACCCCCAAGACUACUACCACCCCCAAGACUACCACCACCACCAAGACUACUACCACCCCGAAGACUACUACCGCACUGAAGACUACCACCGCCCCCAAGACUACUACCACCCCCAAGACUACUACCACCCCAAAGACUACUACCACCCCCAAGACUACUACCACCCCCAAGACUACUAUUACCCCGAAGACUACUACCGCCCCCAAGACUACUACCACCCCAAGACUACUACCACCCGAAGACUACUACCGCCCCCAAGACUACUACCACCCCCAAGACUACUACCACCCCCAAGACUACUACCACCCCCAAGACUACUACCACCCCGAAGACUACUACCGCCCCCAAGACUACUACCACCCCCAAGACUACUACCAACCCCAAGACUACUACCACCCCAAGACUACUAACCCCCUGAAGACUACUACCACCCCCAAGACUACUACCACCCCCAAGACUACUAUUACCCCGAAGACUACUACUGACCCCAAGACUACUACCACCCCCAAGACUACUAUUACCCUGAAGACUACUACCGCCCCCAAGACUACUAACCCCCUGAAGGACUACUACCACCCCCAAGACUACUACCACCCCCAAGACUACUAUUACCCCGAAGACUACUACCGCCCCAAGACUACUACCACCCCCAAGACUACUACCACCCGAAGACUACUACCGCCCCAAGACUACUACCACCCCAAGACUACUACCACCCCAAAGACUACUACCACCCCCAAUACUACUACCACCCCAAAGACUACUACCGCCCCCAAGACUACUACCACCCCAAAGACUACUACCACCCCCAAGACUACUAUUACCCCGAAGACUACUACCACCCCCAAGACUACAAACCAACCUGAAGACUACAGCUGCCUAACUACGAAAGAGGAAGUGUCUGAGUUAGGGUAG